AUGGGGGAUGAUGAUCUGAAGACAUGGGUAUCAGAUAAGCUAAUACCUUUGCUUGGAUAUUCACAACCAACUGUGGUUCAGUACAUUAUUGGAAUUUCCAAGGCCGCAAGUUCUUCAGCUGAUGUGUUUAGUCAACUUGAGGCUUUUGGGCUGCCGUCAUCGACCGAAACCCAUUCUUUCGCUCAAGAAAUCUUUGCUAAAGUUCCCCGGAAAGCAUCUGGUGGUUUAAAUCUUUAUCAAAAACAAGAAAGGGAAGCUGCUGUGUUGGCUAGGAAGCAGAAGACUUAUCAACUUUUGGAUGCUGAUGACGAAGAAGGCGGCGACGAUGGUGCUGGUGGUAUUGACAAGAAGUCUUCGAUUGCCUCUGCAUCUGAUAGGCACAAGAAACGGUUCAGGAAGAAGAUUGAGAGUGAAGAGGAUGAAGACAACGAGGCAGAGUCGGAAGAAGCAAGACGUGUUAAAAGACGGACUUCCCCAGAUGAAGAUGAUGAUGAGUCUGAGUCGGAGGAAGAGAGAUUGCGUGAUCAGAGAGAGAGGGAGCAAUUGGAGAGAAAUAUUAGAGAACGUGAUGCUGCAGGGACUCGUAAGGCAGUUCGAAGAUCAAAUGCUUUGGAGAAAAAUGAGCUUGACACUUUGAGAAAAGUGUCACGGCAAGAAUAUCUAAAGAAAAGGGAACAAAAGAAAUUGGAAGAAAUCAGAGAUGACAUUGAGGAUGAACAAUACCUCUUUGAUGGUGUGAAGCUUACUGAAGCUGAAUAUCGUGAACUAAGAUACAAGAAGGAAAUUUACGAGCUUGUGAAAACGAGGUCAGAGGAGGUUGAGGACAUGAAUGAGGAUACUCUCUACAAGUACCGGAUGCCAGAAGCAUAUGAUCAGGAAGGAGGUGUUAAUCAGGAGAAGAGAUUUGCUGCGGCUCUGCAGCGUUACAGGGACAGCAGUGCUGGGGAUAAAAUGAACCCAUUUGCAGAACAGGAAGCUUGGGAAGAUUAUCAAAUUCGAAAAGCAACAUUGAAAUAUGGUUCAAAAAAUAAAAAGCUAAUAUCUGAUGAUUAUCAGUUUGUGUUUGAGGACCAAAUUGAGUUUAUCAAGGCAUCGGUAGUGGGGGGUGACAAGUUUGAUGAUGAGCUGCCCACUGAGUCACUUGAUGAGUCUGAUGCAAUAUCAGCUUCAGAGAAGCUUCAGGUUAUUAUCAUAGUAGGAGAAACAGGUUCAGGGAAGACCACACAGAUACCACAAUAUCUUCAUGAAGCGGGUUACACCAAGCGUGGAAAGGUUUAUGCCUUCUCACAUCAUGCACUGUAUGGUUUUGCAUUCACUUUGUCCCUCGGAUUGCUGUUGUUAGAAUUGGACACCCUUGCUUACAUUUUAGGAUUUAAGGAUUUAUGCUACACUAACCCUCAGGCAUGUGCAAUAUGCAUGAUCUGCUGUGCCUUCACCAUCUUAAUCUUUAAUAUGUGA